AUGCUCAAAUCUAUUUCAUAUCUCUUCCUAUUAAUUCUUCCAUCACAUAUCAUUUUCUCUCAAUCGAGCACCUAUACAGCUUAUCAAAGUAGUUUUGCAUAUGUGACGACAUGCGGAUCAACUCAAUAUUAUGACAUUGCUCUGUUACAAUGUUCAUCCUGUCCAUCGAACGCUACGCAAAAAUCAACCGAUCGAACACAAUGCGAUUGCAUAUCGAACUCAUAUUACUAUGUUAUUAAUCAAGGUGGUGGUUCAUUAAUAUGUUCAGCUUGUCCAACAGGAUUGGUACGAUCGACUGACGGUUUCGGAUGUACUGCGGACAAUAGUACUUGCGAUACGACGUUAACAACAAGAGUUCCUACCGAGUCGGCGCUUGACGGAACGGCAAACACGGGCAGCUCAACAUCAGUUUCAAGUCAAGCACGUCUUGCCCAAGAGACAUGCGUAACCUGUGUGGCUGGUACAUGGUCUGAUCCAGAUAAUCAACGAUGUACUCCAUGUGCCAAAGUUACUCCGCAAACGGGUGUACCAUCGGGAACGAUCAGUUGUUGUAGUACUAGUGCGAUUCAAGAUGGAAUGUGUUUAACAUAUCUCAGUGGCAUUCUUGGUACGACUAUCUCACCUACAUAUCUCAACACAUUUGACAGUCCAACACUCUCGCUAUUUUUCCAACAACAUCUCAGUGCAGCAGUAUAUCUGUGUCGCAUGAAUUUAAAUUCGACCACGACUCAAACAAACAAUCGCACUCUUCUAUCGAAUGUAACUGCAUGCCAAAUCUUAGCCAACAUAGCCGCCAUGCAAUUCUACUAUCCUGUCACUAACUAUGCCUACUACCUCUAUCAACAAUAUAUCUGGGGACUGACAUCAAUUUGGAACGCAUCGUUCGCAAGACCAUCGAUUCCAUUUCUACAAUAUCCAUCAACAUACUAUCAAGAAGUGAAUAGCGCGUCGUACAAUUGGAUUCCAGUGACAUUCGGUCAAAAUAAUAUAUUACAAAUCAAGCUGGCAAAAUACUCUCCUACGGGACAAUACCUGGGUCUUUUCGACGCAUAUGAUGCAUAUUUACUUUUAUGCGGUGGAAGUUAUACAGAUGGAAAACCGUCAUUCACAUUUGGCACUCAUUAUAAGAAAAUAUGUACUAUCCGUGCUGAUACAUUAUGGUCUUCAACUCUGUACGACACGGCAUUCUUUGAUCCAUAUAUCGUGUUCACUCAAUCGGGCACCUCUCGUCUGUUACCGACGCCAGUUGUGAUCAGAAACUAUCAAAGUGACAGUAGUACAGCACCGAAUAUGAAUGAUGAUGAAUCAACUUGGGUUUAUCAUCGACGAUUCUUUCUCAUUGAUCGUAUCUCUGGCAUAACUCAAAAUAAAGAAUUGAGAAACAUUCAUUAUGCGAAAUCAAUCAGACUUCUCAAUACAUUGACUAGUGAUACAAAUUAUAUCCAACCGCCAGUGAUAGUCGUUGAAUAUGGAGAAUUGUCCAUAUCCGAUCUAGGGAAAAAUGCCGUUGUUCAGAUUACAUUCGAAACUGAAUACCGAAUGAAUCUCGACGCACAUAUUCGUAGUAUUUGGAUCGCUAUUGGUGUUCUAUGCGGAUUAAGUUUAAUACUGGCAGUAAUCGAAACAAUGAUUUGGUAUUCGCGAGCGGGAAAACAAGUUAUCGAUUUAGGAACAAUCGGAAAAUUCUUUCUCUAUGUCAUCAAUGCUGUUGGUACGAUUUUCUUCAUCGUUAUGGCGGGUGUAUCACUUUGGUGGUUGAUAUUUUACAAAAGACAAGAUGCAUUGUAUUUGGUUAUUCCAACAUCGAUUCAACAAGCUUCAUUCACUGUACUCGUUGUUGUUGCAUUUGUAUUGAAAUCAUUGGAUAUUCUCCAAUUGAUCAUUCGACAAGCCAGUGUUGAUAUUUUCUUUAUCGAUUGGGAGAAGCCUAAGUCAGGAAAUUUGAAUACCGUUUCGGCAUGGCGAUCGUACUUUGUCGCUAAUGAAUUCAGUGAAAUUCAGACAUUCCGUCGAAUUAAUGUGACACUCCAACUCAUCUUUGUUCUACUUUUGUUAAAAGUAAUUAACUUAGAAAAUGUAGCCACUAUUCAACCCGAAGUUAAUCUUUUCCCAUCAUCUUCUGAUUACCAACCAGAUUAUAAUGGCAUUCUACGUGUAGGAAUCGCUUUCUCCAUGUGGUUAGCUGUUGCGUUGAUUCAAUAUCUGGUUUAUAUUCUCUUCUAUCAGCGGCGAGUUGAGGAUAAAAUAAUAAACUUUAUUGAUCUAUGUUCGGUAUCGAAUAUCAGUGUUUUCAUUCUUAUGGAUAAUCUCUAUGGAUAUUACAUUCAUGGACGUUCUCCGCAUGGUUUGGCAGAUGUGAAUAUGAAAGAUAUGAUGUUGAAUUUAAAUCGAGAAGAUAAUCAAAUGAUCGGCAAACGUGGUUUGCAACCGAAUUCCGAUGAGCAGAUAUUUAUUGUUCGAGUUGAUCGAGCAUUUCGAUUGCAAUACGAGACCCUACUUCAAAGUUAUCAAAAUCGAAUCUUGUCACGUUUGACAAAAAAAGGCGAAGAACACGAAUCCGAAAUUCUCUUGGCAUCUUACCGAAAUUUAAAUGAAUUUCUUUGUGCCUUUAUGAGCCAGUCCUUACCAAUAUAUAGUUACACUGUUCGACACCGAUAUUUCCUAGAGAAAAUUCUGAAUAUCGAAUUCGGAUUACGCACAACACCCGAUGCGAAUGGAUAUACUGAAAGUACAUUCUUUAUCGAUGUGGAUCGAAAUUUCACGAAAAUAUUAUUCUGUGGCUAUGAAAACUCUUUGUUCAUAUGGAAUACAGCAACAUUUCUUUUCAUUGAUUACUUCGCAUCGAAUUACGUUCUAGCAGCGAUCAUUACAUAUUUAUUGAACCUAAUUGCCGAAAAAUUACGUUACUUCUCUUGUCAGAAUUUCAUGGAUAUUAGUGCUCAAAAAACGAACACCUAUAUUGCUCUAGGAAUCCUCGCAGGUUUGGGUGUUCUAAUCGCGUUAGUGCAAACUUGGAAAUGGUUUCUAAGAUCAGGAAGAGAAAUUACUGACAUAUCUACUAUCAGCAAAUUUGUUUUCUACAUUUUUGGUUCCGUUGGUUCUGCAAUAUUACUCGUGACUGCUGGUGUUUCGAUAUAUUUGUUGUUUUAUAAAAGCGAAUAUGAGAAAAACUUUUCCGGAGAAGACUUUGUUUCGUUCGAAAGUUUACUUAAGAUCUUUCUCGUUGUCUCAUUUAUAUUUAAAACAUUGGAUAUUAUUCAUCUGAUCUUUCGACAAGCACGCAUCGAUAUAUUUUUCAUGGACUGGGAAAAAUCCAAAACAGGAAUUUCGAAUAAUGUCGCAGUUUGGCGAACGUAUUUUGUUGCGAACGAAUUCAAUGAAAUUCAAACAUCUCGUCGGAUAAAUGUGACAUUUCAAAUGUUCUUCGUGUUAUUCUUUCUCAAAGUAAUUCAACUAGAAAAUAUUUCCUGUGCUCAAAGUGGCUAUAUCCUAUUCCAAUCGGCUGCUAAUUGUACGGAAUAUAAUCAGAGUUUUCGUACUGGAAUAGGCUUCGUCACAUUAUUAGGCACCGCGAUUGUGCAAUAUCUUGCGUAUGUGUUAUUUUAUCAACGGCUCAUUGCUGAUCGAAUCGUGAACUUCAUUGAUUUGUGUUCAGUUUCGAAUAUUAGCGUGUUUAUUCUCGAUGAAAAUCAACAUGGUUACUACAUUCAUGGACGGUCACCGCAUGGAGCGACCAAUGUGAAUAUCAAAGAGAUAUUGAUGAAUUUAUAUCGGGAAGAAAAUCAAAUGAUUGGAACACGUGGUUUGCAAGCGAAUUCGAAUGAACAAGUGUUUAUCAUGAAAAUGAAUCGAAACUUUCGAAAACAAUACGAUAUGUUGUUUCGUAAUUACAAUAAUUAUGUCGGUCCUCGAAAAAGUCGUGAAGAUACGGAACGUUACACAGACAUGUUACUUCAAUCGUAUCAAAAUCUCAACGGUUUCCUUUGCGCAUUCAUUGAUCAUUCAAUAGCUUCGCAUAAGUAUUUCGUUCGCAAUCGAUACUUUGUCGAAAGAAUUUUCGAUUAUGAAUUUCAAACACAAGCUCAUAUCCAAUCUGACAAUACCGUGGACAAUUUCCUAUAUAUCGACAAUGAAAGAUCAUUUACAAAGAUCUUCUUCUACGGCGAAGAACGAUCACUCUUCCUCUGGAAUGCAGCUACAUUUCUUCUCGUUGAUGCAAUCGCACAAAAUUAUGUCUUAGCUGCUGCUAUCACCUACACUCUAAACGCAAUAUUCGUGUCAAUACGUGAUUCAUUUGGCCGAAGGAAUUUAUCACGGAAAACCUUGAUUCCAAGAAAUUUUUUGAUAUAA